AUGGUUGACCCCUCCUCUCACGCUUCGGACAGCGAAGGGUCGGAGUGCAGCUGCUGCUCGCUCCCUGCCACCCCUGAAGACCUUCUGACUCCAGCACUUCGCGAAGAACUCGAGAGUCGUGUCAUCGACCACCGAAUUACUGUCGAACAAUUUGUGCGCACCGUCUACGGCGUCGACAAUGCCCUCAUACAGCGCGUCCUGGCCCGCAACGUCACCUUCUCUCGAGAGCAUCUGCAAGAAUAUUUGGACGGACUUGCCAGGGGCGAGGCGAACGAGACGUCGUGCAGGCCGUUCCAGGCGAUUUUUGACGCCUGUGUGAGGGCGGUCCGCGAGGAGCUCGACAUCACCGACGACCCGCCACUAAAGCUCUUCACGGAGACUAGGGGUUGCUUCGAAGGUUGUCCACAGCGCAUGCCCGGCGGGAUAUUUCUGGCCCCCGCGGCUUGUCGCGGAGCCACCCGCAUCGCCUGGGGAUUGGUGCAUCACGUCCUUGUAUUCGAGGACAAUUGUUUUGAGGGCGACGAAUCUUCAGAAGGCGCUUUCAACGAUUUAAAGGAGCGCAGCGGUUCAUAUGAUCUCGACACCGCUUCACACCAUCGCAAGCCAACCCCUUCGCUCUCCUCUCAAGAAUUGAAGGGUGCGCAAUACGCUCUCGAAUGCAUGAACGCCGACACGAGCCGGUAUUACGCCACGGUCUUAUGCGUCGAUGGCACCAAAGUCUGGCUCCUGUACAUCGACCGCGACUUCGUCUCCCGAACGACCUCCUUCGACUUCGUUGAGUCCCCUCAGUUGUUCGCCGUCGCCGCGUACGCCAUGUUGUACUGCACGCCUGUGCAGGCAGGCUUUGAUCCGCAUCUUCAUUUCCCUGUGACCACUGCGGACGGCACUUCCAAUUAUUUGAACGCUGUCGCCUACCCGCGCGAGCUGGCAGGGGCUCAAUUCGUCUUUCCCGAGAGUCAAGGUCAACCUGCCCUGUCAUUCACCGUCAAGAGCCUCUCUCCCGUCUAUAGAGACGCGAUCCCUUCAGUACGCGACGCUGUUACAUAUGCCUUGAAAGACACGAACAGUGAUGGUGAGGAGAUGGAGCUCAAAGUAUGUUGGACACCUCGCGGCCGUACGCCGGAGCCUAUUAUCCUCAAGACCCUGCAUAAGACGCUCCCCGACAUGGUCGACCAUCUCCCAGUCCUCGGAGGGUGGCGGGUGGUAGAGCCUACCUGCUCGCUGCUGGCCCUGCUGGACGAGAAAACCCGAAUUGACUGCCUGGAGAAAAGUCGCAGGGUGGUCUACCAAGUCACGCCCCGCUUCAUGCCGCUGUGGGAGCUCAAUUCGGUUGAGGAGUUCAAGGAAUGCUUCGUUGACAUUGUCGAGGUGCAUCACCGUGCCUUCGAGCGCGGCGGGAUCAUCCACUCCAACAUCGGCGAGCACAGUGCGAUGAUGCGCCGAGAGCGCGGUCGCGCACUGGGCGUGUUGAAGGACUGGGAUCGCGCACAACUCCCGAAUGAUUUGUUCGGUCCUCCUCACCAUCAAUUCGAGACCGGCACUUUCAUAGCUGUCGAACUCCAGCAGAACGCUGGAACCCAGCACCGCUAUCACCACGACCUCGAGUCCUUCCUCUUUCUUCUCGUUUGGGCCACGCUCCACUUCGGUCUCGAGAGCAAACGCCGCCUGCCGUCCAAGCUCCCUGACUGGCAAGGCGAGUGGCAGACGGCGGCCUUGAAAAAGAGGAGCUUCAUCACCGAUCCCGACACGUUUAACGAAGUUACUGUACCUACGUGUAUGGAGGCAACCGUCCCACGUCACAACCCCUUGGUUGCGUUGCCCAUGUCACAGGUCACAGCGACUUUGGAGGUCGGAGAUCCUUCCAAAAACGGUAAUUUUCGGUCGAAAUUCCCAUUUUUGGCGGCCCGGCUGACGCCGGGCCGCUUCCCGGGCCUCUGGUUGCCUCCCUUGCGGAAUGUCACACCUGAGGGGCGGUUGCUUCCAUACACAGGUGUCGUCGCUGAGUGGGUCUUCCCGCUGGUGCGGCUGUUCAGAGACGCGAUGCGGGCGGCGGACGUGGUGAAGGUGGAUGCUGAGGGAAUAUGGGAAAGGCACUUUGACGAAGACAUCUACGCGGAGAAGAUCACGUUCGAGGCGUUCAUGCGCGCGAUAGGGAGGACACCAAGGAAGUGA